AUGAAGUUCUCAAACUUCAAAAAGGGAACCAGCAGUGCUAACAAGAAGAAAGAUGCGAACCCACCAGCCGAGGUCAAGACUGGUGUCGAAAACAAGGGAAAAGGAUAUAUGGGCACCUUGCCUAAAUGUGAUGUAUGUCAGUUUCAUCACACUGGACGAUGUCGAGCUGGAAAGUGUGAGACGUGCGGAAAAGUUGGCCAUGCCAAAAAGACAUGCUGGUAUGGUGUCGGUCGUGGUAAUGGUGGUCAGAGAGGUAAUGGCAACGGGAAUGGAAACGGUAUCCGUGGUGAAAAUGGGUAUAGAAACUGCACUCAACGAGGAAAUGGUAGUAAUGGAAACCGUGGAGCAAACAACAACCAGGGCGGAAUUGGGAAUGGAAAUGGUCGGGGACCAGGUUGCUUUAACUGUGGAGAUGUUGGGCAUUUCAAGAGAGAUUGCCCAAAGAUCAACCAAGCUCAGGGAAAAGUCUUUAACAUAGGAGCGAGGGAAGCUUUCCAAGAUCCGAACGUAGUCACGGCUUUGUAUCCUUAG